UUUCUGUUUAAUAUCACAAGUCCCUUUGGGACAUCCCAUAAAUAUACUCAUUACUCAGUAGGAUUUAAUACUCUGUAUCACAAAUUCGUUUAAGCCAGAGUGUACAGAGAGACAGGUGAAGCAGAGAAAUGCGGCGGCGGCAGAUUGCGAAGGCAAUUCUUGUGAUAGUGAUAACAUGCCUUAUGGCAUUUUCUGUGGUCGCUCCAUCAUCUGGCGGAGGAGGAUUUGGUGGUGGCGGCAGUAGCGGAGGGGGAGGAUCACGUGGUGGAGGCAGCAUCGGAGGAGGAUUUGGUGGCGGCGGCAGUAGCGGAGGGGGAGGAUCACGUGGUGGAGGCAGCAUCGGAGGAGGAGGAUGGCUGGGUGGAGGGAGUAGCCGUGGUGCAAGAAGUGGCGGCUAUACGAACGGAGGCAACGGCGGCGGAGCCAGUCUGGUGCAGCCACAUCACAGAUCCCAUGGGAAUCGUCUGAGUAACAAUCCAUCCACCGUGUUUGGAUGUGCACAAGUGGUUCCGGCCUUUUUGGCAUACAAUUUGGUUAUUCAAUUUCGCAUUUGAGUGCUAUCCACAUGUGAUUAACUUACAUACACAAUAACACAAAUACAGUAUAUAUUUGAUUAUAUUCAAUUCCCAGAUCUACUUAAGGGAACUACGUCUUGCACAUUUGAAUUGAUCGAAGAGUGGUAAAUUUCUUUGAAGAAAAGGGCCAAGGGGGGAUAAUGGGUUAGCUACAAGUAUCUUUGUUAAACAAGAGCAUCAGAGUAAUUCAUCCAUUAUUAAUCUAUGAUUACUAUUCCG